GAACUGACUUUGGAUACUUUUGAAACUUAUCCUCUAAUACUUAAUAUCGUUCGUUUUAGUUGAAUUACAGAAUACAGACAAGAUACCUUAAUUUCCAAUUCCAUCGAGUUUCCAAACGUGCGAGGUAGGACACGUUCUUGGUUGUGAAAGUUUUGCAACCAUAAUACGACAGUUGCAAGGUAGAGCAACUUAUCAAACACUAGAAUCUCUGCACCCUAUUUCUAUUUCGAAAAGCCAGGAAAACUCCUCUUUGUCAACGUUUCUACACAAUUGAAAUGGCCUUCUAAGACUUAUUCAGUCUAAAUUAUCAACAUUUCAUGGGUCUCUGGAUUUCAUAAACUCUGCAUGCGAGAAGCGACAAACUGUUCCUUGAAGGAUGCCACUCUGUCUCAAGAAUUUCAAGAAAUAAAGAAAGGGAAAUAACUUCAGCCAUACUAGUCAAUAAGCUUCAUUUGCAUCCUCUUCUUGUUGCUCUGUUGGUUUGACCAAUCUAUAUUUGAAAUGUCAUCAUUUUCUCUGGCAAGGAGCUCACAAACUAAACACAGCUCAGGCUGGAAUCUGAUGAUGGUACCCAAAAUCUGAAUGAUAAUUUGUUGAUUUCCCAAAACGAGUGGAAUUAGUCGUCGACUUGGAAAAGGCGGAUGGAAGACGGAGUAUAUCACCGAAGAAUUUCACUUUUUGAAGGUGUUCCUAUUAGUAGACCGGGUUCUUCAAAGAAGGAUGACGAAGACACUUCUCAAGUCCCAGUCGAAAUACAGACAGUUUCUGAAGCUUUAACCUCGUCUACCACUCGAAUACAAUAUAGAAAGAGUCUUCUUGGUGAAAGAGACAAGACAAAACAAGUUGCAACAGUAAGAAGAAUAAGUCUUGCGGGUGCGGAUGCCGCAGAGUUCGGUGGAGCGUCGAAUUCCGUUUCCUUUGAAGAUCCCUUGUUUCGUGAGGAUAAGUUGGGAGCCCUUGUUCUGUUACGCAGGACGGUACAAAUAAUUGGUUUAUGCUAUGGAGACCUUGGUACAUCUCCUUUAUAUACAGUUGCAUCCUUGGUUGACUAUCAGGUUGCUCCAUCCUCUUUUGAGAUAUAUGCAGCAGCUAGCAUGAUUUUUUGGCUAUUAGUGUUGGUACCUUCUGUUAAAUAUGCCGUACUGGUUACCAUGGCAGACCAUAAUGGGGAAGGGGGAGCUUUUGCUAUGAUUGGACUGUUGCGUCAUAAAAGGAUUCCAAGGAAAUGGCUGUUUGUGGCAACCAUUAUAGCUUCCAUUGGGGCCGGUGCACUGUUAGCAGAUGGUAUUAUUACUCCCGCAAUUACGGUUGUGAGUGCUAUUCAAGGAAUUCAAGUUGGCGCACCCUCACUUUCAACUUCUGGCGUAAUUGGUAUUACUAUUGCUAUUUUAUUUCUCAUUUUUGCGUCUCAAUGGUUUGGUUCAUCUAAAAUUGGUAUUGUGUAUGGUCCAGUCUUAUCUAUCUUUUUCAUUGUACAAGCUAUUGCAGGCAUUUAUAAUAUUACCAAGCAUCCUGCGAUUUUCAAAGCUUUGAAUCCCUAUUAUGCUCUUAAAGGGAUAGGCAUCAUGUGGAAUGAUGGAAAAAUUGGAUAUCUGAGGAUUGCUGAUGCUUUAUUGUCAGUUACAGGCUCAGAAGCAAUGUAUGCAGAUAUGGGUCAUUUUGGAAGGACUCCUUUAAGAAUUGGAUGGUUUUUUGUUGUAUUUCCAUCUGUUUGGAUGUCUUAUUUUGGUCAACUGGCCUUAGUAGCAUCAAACCCACAAAUAGCUGUUCAAGCAACGGACAAACUGUACUUUUUUCAAGUUUCAAACUCCCUACUUUGGCCCUUGAUUGUGAUUACUACACUAGCUUCCAUCAUUGCUUCACAGGCAAUUAUCAGUGGCUCUUUUAGCAUUUUGAGCCAGGCUGUGGGACUAAAUAUAUUUCCUCGUCUUCAUAUCAAGCGCACAGACUUUCGCAUAUAUGGACAAGUGUUCAUGCCAUCUAUCAAUGUGAUUAUGGGAAUUUUAACUAUAGUAAUUACUGCUGGUUUCCAAACUAGUUCUGCGCUUACUUCGGCAUAUGGCGUUGCUGUGUCCACUAGCUUUAUUACAACAUCCAUGCUAUUCGUGAUCAUUAUCUCAGUAGCAUGGAAAGUUCAGCCUUAUAUUUGGAUAUGGUAUCCAAUUGUGUUUGGACUGGUUGACUUGUUACUUUGGUCCAGUGCUUUGACAAAGGUACCAAGCGGUGGAUAUAUCCCGAUAGCAAUAUCGAUAGUGACCAUAUCAUUGAUAUUAAUAUAUCGAUGGGGAGCGAAGAAAGAAGAAGAGAAUUAUAAGAAAAACUCCCUUCGUUGGUCAGAAUACAAAGCUAUUAUUGAGUCACCACAGGCUCCAGUUUUGCUUGACAGGACUUUUGUAUUUCUUACUAGCAUGCAGUAUGGGAUUCCAUUUACAUACAGUCAGUUUGUGAAGCAGAUUGGAGCUAUACCACGGCUAAGUUUAUUUGUAACCGUUCGUUACGUUUCUGUGCCUUUUGUUGAUAGCAACCACAUGUACUACAUAUUUAAAUACACUGAUCAGUUGUAUCGAAUUAUAGUGAAUGUUGGGUAUGCACAAUCAAUAGACAAUUUGGUAACUUUUAUCGAAUCAUCUGGGCUCAGCUUUUUAGAUGACACUUCGUCAACAAAAAAGCUUGCCUUUGUAAAGGGAAAGACUGAACUUUUGAGCAAGAAGGAACAUUGGUUUACUUAUCGUUUCUUCCUAAGCGUCUUUGGCAUAAUGAAGAUGUGGUCUGCACGUAUUGAUACGUAUCUUGGAAUUCCAUUUGAUUCAUUGGAAAUUAGCACGAGCAUGCUAGUUUAACUGUGAUGAUUGAAGUUUAUUAUAGUAGUACAAUAAACCUUUUUUCUCUAAA